AUGAAUUCCCUCCGCCUCCUCCGCCCCGCCGCCCGGCAGCUCUGCAAGCCCUGUGUCACCCAGCCUACUGCCCGUCGCGCCUUCAAUACCGACACAGCCCCGGUGCUGUACUCGGCGUCCGCCAAAGUCGUCGGCGCCCGCACUGGACACGUCGUGGGCGAUGAUCUCGAGGUUGAUCUGACGAUGUCAAAAGCCCUCGGUGGCACCGGUGACAAAGGCAAGACGAAUCCUGAAGAGCUGUUUGCUGCUGGCUAUGGCGCGUGCUUCCAGUCUGCCAUGAAUGCCUCAGCUGCUAGCAUGGGUAUCCGGAUGCCCACAAAAAAGGAGGAUAGUGUCGUCAGGACCACAGUGCAUCUCGUGGGCGAUAUGAGCGACCUAGAGCUGGGCCUGAGGGUGGAUAUGAAAGUGUCGGUUAAGGGAUUGAGCCAGGAGGAUUUUGACAAGGUCAUUAAGAAGGCCAAGGAGGUAUGUCCGUAUUCCAGGGCCACGCAGGGCAAUGUGACGACAAAUAUCACGACCGAGUGUACGUGA